AUGAGCGCCAGUCCAGAACAGGCGCUACAAGACGGGCAUCCGGCGCAAUCUCCAGAGCAAGCACCAGAUAUUAUUGAAGCUGGUGGCGAUGCGAGCGACGAUGAGUUCCAGCCUAGCGAGUGGGACGCUUCCUCAUCGGAAACGAAGCAUGCGAUGGUCAUGGAGCUCACUGAUGGCAAGCUGUUCCAUGCUCCUAUAGGCGACUCGCCCAGCAAGAUUAUUGAUCUCGGCACGGACACCAGCAUAUGGGCAAUGGAAGUUGGGGGUCACUACCCUUCCGCCGAGGUUACUGGCGUAGACUUAUCGCCGAUUCAGCCAGGCUGGGUGCCUUCCAACGUUCGCUUCUUCGUCGAUGAUGUUGAAGAUGACUGGCUGGCUGGAGCUUACGUCGAAACCCAAGACUUCGGCGCCAAUGUGAAGAGCGAUGACGGAACCAUGCCCGAAAACUGGCCCUUGUUGGAAUUCUGGUCCAAAAUCCGCGACGCCAUGCACAAAAUGAAGAUUGACAUCCAAGUCGCUCCGCGCAUCGGUGCGGUUAUGAAAGACGCCGGCUUCGUCAACGUUCAAGUGAGAUCAUACAAAGUGCCGGUUGGAAGAUGGCCUCUCGACAAGAUCAAGCGUCUGGUUGGACAUUACAUGCGCACUGUGACGGAGGAUUUUCUGGGCGCCGCUGCGAGCAAACCUUUGGCGGCUCUGGGAAUGGAACGGACGGAGAUCGAGGUAUUCCUCGCGUCAGUUCGGAAUGCGAUCAAGGAUCUGAAUGUGCAUGCGUCUGGCACGUAUUAUUCUCGGGUUGGACAGAAGCCCGUGGAGUCGGGUUCUAAGUGA